AUGUUCGAUGAAUUCGUUGAACAUACUACGGUACCGGCUGGAGGAUUUCAUGGGUCAGCCCCGCAUCCUCAGUUACAAUUCGAGGGUUUCGAGGCUUCAGCAUAUCAUGACCGUGACGAAGUUCGUGCCGAGCUCGAAGGAAUAACCAGUGCAGGAGGCAGUCAAUUUCCUGUCGCUGCUGCAGUUAACACGCCUAUAUUUGACCUUGGUCGAGUCCAGUACACCUUACCAGCACCAUUGGUAUCACUCGCCGUCUCUUCAGAUAUACUCGCAAUGACCUUAUCCUCUAAUACGAUCGUUCUUAUCGAGCUCUCACAUGCCGAGCAAGUUGUCAAGAUACCAAUUCCUCGGAAGCCUACGGAGAUGACCAUCCAUAAGAUGUUCUUGGAUCCAUCUGGUCGACAUUUAAUCGUGACAUCUAUAUCUGGGGAGAAUUGGUAUCUAUAUCGUGGCUGGAAAAAGCCAAGAGUACUCAAAUCAUUCAAGAUGGUCAUAGAGAGUGUCGCGUGGAAUAAGACUGCUCUGCUGUCUUCAUCUCAUUCGACGUCUACUCGCGAAAUUCUGAUUGGCACACGAGGAGGUGUCAUAUUUGAAGCUGUACUUGAUGCUGAAGAGGAUUUCUUCAAGUCCCAAGAGCGUUAUCUUCAAAUGGUCUUUACUCUUCCCGAGAAGCACCCAAUCACAGGUAUCAAGUUCGACUUCUUCCCUCCUUCUGACGCCUCGAAUGCACUUAUCAUCGUGACCACACCUUCUCGAAUAUAUCAGUUCGUGGGUACUCCCGAUCGACGGUCUGACGAAGGUGGACGCGUGUUCUCGGCUUUGUUUGCACAAUAUCGUGAUAUGGCUCCUAAGAUCUCUGAACUUCCUGGAAAUUUGCAACACUCGGAGCUUCACUUCUAUACACAGAAUUCUGACCAGGCUCUCUCACUACCAAAAUGUUUGGCGUGGAUGACAGGACCUGGUAUCUACCAUGGAAAGCUUAACUUUGAUCCAAACGCUGAUGACCAUAUUGACUCUGCCCAAUUACUUCCUUAUCCCUCAUUAUCUUCUCCAUCCAUAUCACCAAGCGGAGCCGUAUUUGGUGCUGAUGCUCCUCUCUCGAUGGCACUGACAGAAUUCCAUUUCAUUCUCUUAUACAAGAAUAAAAUAAUAGGCAUUUGCAACCUUGACGAAAAACAAUCCUACGAGGAUGUAUUGCCUCUGAAACCGAACGAGGUUGUACGGGGGCUAACUGCUGACCCUGUGAGGAAAACGUAUUGGGUGUAUACCGACCAGUCAAUUUUCGAAUUGGUGGUCGAUAAUGAGAGUCGCGACGUCUGGAAAAAUUACCUUGCUCAGGGCAAAUUCGAUGCUGCCUUGAAGUAUGCCAAGACAGCCGGUCAACGAAAUCAUGUCCUCUCUGCACAAGCUCAAUCCUUCUUCGAUGAAAAACGCUAUUUCCAAGCUGCACAGUGUUUCGCUCAGUGUUCGGUAUCGUUUGAGGAAGUUGCUCUCAAGUUUUUGGACGUGGGUGAGCGGGAUGCAUUGCGGUCAUACCUGAUCUCGAGACUGGAGAGGACGCGUAAGAAUGACCUCACGCAACGCAUGAUGCUGGCUACCUGGCUGGUCGAGUUCUACUUGAGCAAAUGCAAUGAGCUCGACGAUAUCAUAGCAUCUGAAUCAGCUUCAGACGAUGUCGAAAAUCUGCGGGCUGAGCGGAUGGUCCUGGAAGAGGAUUUACGCCAUUUCUUCGAGACUUACAAGGGCAAUCUAGAGCCAAAUACUGUCUAUGAGUUGAUUCAGGGGCAUGGUCGAACCGAUAUGUACCUCUUCUAUGCUGGUGUAGUGGGUGAUUAUGGACGUGUAAUCGAACAUUGGAUUCUGGAGGAAGAGUGGAUGAAAGCUAUUGAUGCGAUUAACCGUCAGUCUGACCUCGAACUGUACUAUCGCUUCGGUCCCGUACUCAUACAUCAAGCGCCCAAGGAAACGGUGGAUUCAUGGCUUCGCCAACCACUUCUAGAUCCCCUGCGCCUCGUGCCAUCCUUGUUGCAGCUCCAACAUCUCCACCGGGAUCCUCUUACGCCCAACCACGCCGUGCGAUACCUCAACCACGUGGUCUUCGAACAGCUCAACACCUCGCACGUCGUCCACAACCUUCUCGUCACCUUCCAUACCUUGCACUCGCGUGCGCCGGGAGACGACGGUCCCCUCUUGCGCUUCCUCUCCACCGCUCCUGCGGAUCCGCUGACUCAAAAACCGUAUUACGACCUUGACUACGCGCUGCGGCUUUGCAAGCAGACGGGGCGGACGCAGCCAUGUGUGCAUAUCUAUUCGAAGAUGGGCCUUUGGGAGAACAGCGUGGAUUUAGCGUUGGAAAAGGGCGAUCUCGAACUUGCGAAGAUCAAUGCAGAUAUGCCGGAGGAUGAUGCGCCGUUGAAGAAAAAACUUUGGUUGAAGAUCGCACGAUAUGUCGUGCAAGACAAGAAGGACAUCAAGUCUGCUAUGCAGUUUUUGGAGGACACUGAUAUUCUGAAAAUCGAAGACAUCCUACCGUUUUUCCCAGAUUUCGUCGUUAUUGAUGAUUUCAAGGAGGAGAUUGCUCAUGCUCUGGAAGGGUACUCGGCGCAUAUCGAUGGAUUGAAGAGCGAGAUGGAUGAAGCUACACGCACGGCGGAGUCGAUCAAGCAAGAUAUAGCUGCGCUGAAGAACCGUUUCGUGACCAUCGACGCUGGCGAACGAUGCUCUGUCUGCUCGCAACUUCUACUUACGAGACAGUUUUACGUGUUUCCUUGUCAACACACCUUCCACGCCGAUUGUCUCAUUAGCUUGGCUAAGGAUUAUCUACCGGCGCAUGCUCUAAGACGGAUUCUCACGUUGCAAACGGAGUUGGUGAAGGGGACGCAGGGGCCUGUUGACCGAUCGAGCAUAUCAAACCCUUCGCUCGCUGGUGCCAACGGACACGCACGGCAGACUGCGCAACAGCGAACGCUGCUCUCUUCGAACUUUACGAAUCUGACGAGCCCACUACAGAAUGGUACGAAGGCGGCCGGCUCUUUUGGACGAAACUUGUUAUCUGCGGGAGACCGAUUGAGAGAUAUGAUCGUGCCGGACGCAUUAGCUUCCGUGGUUACGGCGCCCGGGUGGAUACCAUCUAUGGGACUUGGAGGCAAGGGGAGUCAGAUGGAUAAGGAUGUGGAGAAGAAGAUGGAGAAGCUGAGAGGAGAGCUUGACGACGUGCUUGCGAGCAAGUGUCCGCUUUGUGAGAGUGUUGUGGCUGGGUUGGACAAGCCGUUUAUCAAGGUUGGGGAGGAGGAUACGACGUGGGCACUUUAA